AAUUUCUGAACGCAGUUUUGGUCAAAGGCGCGAACGUAGAGGAGAAACCCCGCGAAAAUGGUUUUUCUACCUGUCGUAAUUUUGAUAACUCAACGGUUUUGGGUACCUAAACAGACAAACCGUAAUUAAACAAAGAUUUGUUUGGUAAUCGUUUAUUUUAAAUAGCAAACUCGUAAGUUUUAAAGUGUGUAUUGUUGCUUGAACCUUUAAGUAAACCAAACUGAUGAUUAAAGUGUUAAAAUAAAUAAUUAUGACUAAAAUUUCUACAAGAUCUUCAAGACGACUUUCCCAAUUGCCCCCAGAAGUGUCGGCUAAUUUGGGAGAAAAAGAACGGAGCAGCAGGACCAAAAGACAAAACCCAAAACCACUGAUUGUUCUAAGUGAUGGUAGUGAUAGCGAAGAUAAUCAGCCCUUUUUGGCACCAAAGAAAGAAAAGUCCAGGGCAUCAAAACAUCAACCAAAAGUAGUGAAAGAACCGCAAACAAAAAGGACCGCAAAAAGAUUAAACCAAAAACCUAUUAUAAGUGAUGAAAGUGAUACUGAAGAAUAUCAGCCCCCCUCAACACCAAGAAAAGAAAAAUCGAGAUUAUCAGAAGCCGAAUUACAUGAACUAAGCCCAGUUACACCACCAAAGCAGAGAAAAGUAGCCAACAAUGUGUUUAAUGAUGAGAAUGUACCACAUACUCCAUCAUCGUUGUUCAAAAAACUGACAUUGACCAGCCCAAAAUUCAAAAACAAUCUUAAUCUUAAGGAAAACUCCCCUGUUAAACAACAGACACCAAAUAAAAAAAGUUUAUUCAGAGAAAAUGAGCCAACUUUGUACCAAAGUGCCAGAAAGGCUUUGCAUGGUGCUUACCCUACGAAAAUGCCUGGUCGAGAGAAAGAACAUGAGGAGUUGAGGGGUUUUAUCAAGGGGCACCUAAGGGAGAAAACAUCAGGGUCACUGUAUGUAAGUGGCCCUCCUGGUACAGGGAAAACAGCAUCAUUAAAUUUGAUUUUAGAGGAGGAUAAUAUUGCUUCUGAGUUUUUAAAUGUUUAUGUUAACUGUACUGCUAUUAAGUCAGCAAAUUCAAUUUAUAAGAGGAUUGCCAAAGAAUUAAGUAUCAAAAAUAUUGGAAAGGCUGAAAAGGACUAUUUGCAGUCAAUUGAAAAUUACUUAAAGAAAAAUCAUAAAAUGAUAUUGUUAGUAUUGGACGAAAUAGAUCAACUAGAAUGCAAAAACCAAUCAAUUCUCUACACAAUAUUCGAAUGGCCAUCAAGACCAAACUCCAAACUGAUUUUAAUCGGCAUUGCUAACGCUUUAGACCUGACAGAUAGAACCUUACCGCGCUUGCAGGCGCGCUGCGAGUUGAAACCAAAGUUGAUGCAUUUUGCACCGUACACCAAACAACAAAUAGUGGAGAUUUUCACUUCGCGGUUAAAAGCGGCGGGCGUUUUGGAGGUUUUCUCGCCAGUGGCGUUGCAAAUGUUGGCGGGAAAAGUGGCGGCCAUCUCGGGGGACGUGAGAAGGGCUCUGGAUAUCGGCCGUCGAGUCAUCGAGAUGGUGGACAAAAAUAACGACGAUUUGGCGUUGAAGUCGCUGGAGAAUUUGGCCAACGAUUUGCUGGAGACUGAGGCAAAACCGAAGACGGUGGACUUGAAGCAAGUCGUUAACGUUCUAAAUAACGUGUACAGCACCUCGCAGAGUUUGACUGACGACCAGGACGAUUCGUUCCCGCUUCAACAGAAAAUUAUCAUUUGCUCGUUGCUCUUGAUGUUGAAAAAGGCCAAGAACAAGGACGUCACGAUCGGACGUCUGCACGAAGUGUACCGAAGAGUCUGCACCAAAAGAAACUUGCUGGCUGUUGAUCAGGCGGAAUUUGUCGGUCUUUGUUCCCUAAUCGAGACAAGAGGUAUCAUCAAAGUCGUAGGUAAAAAGGAACCGAGACUGCACAAGGUUAAUUUGGAGUGGGACGACGAGGAAGUAGCCAAUGCCCUCAAAGACAAGCAGCUGAUGUCGAUGAUAUUGCAAGACGAGACUUGUUUAGGUAAAUUUUAAAUCCUUUGACUAGAUUUUUUUAUAAAGGCUGUAUAAUUUAAGUUUUAAAUUUAAUUAUUUUAAUGUUUAAUGUUUGAAACAUUCAUUGUAUAGAAUUAAGAUCAACUCAAUAUUAUUUUAUUUAUAUCAAAUAAAGAUUUUAUUUAUU